UUUCUUCCCUACUGGUACCAUGGGGUUAUAAAUAUGAAACGUUAUUGCCAUCGACUUUCAUGGAAAAUGGAGCUCAAGCAUGUUAUUGCAAAGAGUAUUUGAAGUCCAGGUGUAUCCUGCGAACAACUUGGGCCCCAGAAGGAUUGCUACAAUCUGGAAAAGUUGAUGAAUGUCUGCGGAGAAUGUGCAUUUUUAGAUACUCUUUCUUUAGCAUACGGUCAAGGGAAAGUAAAGAGCUUAGUAGGGUUUAGGGUGGAUGCUCUCUCCAUUGUGGAGAAGAGCAGAAUCAAUGGGAGCGCUAUCAUGGAAUGCUACUGCUUUCCUUUCUGCGGCAGCAACACCCAAGCAGCGUCAUUUUCGUUGCAGCGCUGUCACAUGGGAAAGCAGACUAGGGGGUACUGCUCCUGAAAAGACAGGUCGUGCAUCCCUUUUGGGUUGGAACAUGCCCGAGAGAUGGACUCUGCUGCUCGAUUUGCGCCCUCCGGCUGGGCUCCCCAACCCAAACUUAGCUGUGGAGCCAAUAGCAGCAGUGAUAGAUGGAAAAGCUAUUGCACAAGAAAUAAGAAAUGAAGUUGCAGGGGAAGUAUCCAGAAUGAGAGAUGCACUUGGAAAGGUUCCUGGUUUAGCUGUGGUGCUAGUUGGAGCAAGAAAGGAUUCAGAAACCUAUGUUCGCAGCAAGAAAAAAGCUUGUGUAGAGGCAGGAAUUGCAUCACUAGGCAUUGACUUGCCAGAAGAUUCUAGUGAAGAGGAAGUUGAAAGGGCUGUUAGGACUUUCAACGAUGAUCCAUCUGUUCAUGGUGUUUUAGUGCAACUUCCUCUUCCACGGCAUAUCAAUGAGGAGAAGAUCUUGAAUGCUAUUAGCAUAGAAAAAGAUGUUGAUGGCUUCCAUCCUUUAAAUAUUGGACGGCUAGCAAUGCAAGGGAGAAAGCCUUUAUUUGUACCUUGUACACCAAAAGGAUGCAUAGAGUUGCUGCUUCGAUCUGGAAUAGAUAUGAUGGGAAAGAAGGCAGUUGUGAUAGGCCGUUCCAAUAUUGUUGGGAUGCCUGUUUCUAUGCUUUUGCAAAGGCACAAUGCAACCGUUACUAUUGUGCAUUCCUAUACCAAAAAUCCUACAGAUUUUACUCGUGAAGCAGAUAUUCUUAUUUCUGCAGCAGGUGUGCCAAAUUUGGUUCGUGGUAAUUGGCUGAAACCCGGUGCAGUAGUAAUUGAUGUUGGCAUAAAUGCAGUAGAGGAUCCUAAUGCUAAAAGAGGAUACCGAUUAGUUGGUGAUGUUUGCUAUGAAGAGGCUUCAAGAAUAGCUUCAGCAAUAACUCCUGUACCUGGUGGUGUUGGUCCAAUGACCAUUGCGAUGCUUCUGUCCAAUACUCUAGAGUCAGCAAAACGGGCGUAUGGGUUCAAUUGAGAUUUUUGAUGUUUGAUCUAGGCCAUUUGCAACAGGCUUAAGAUUUGUAAUAACACAGGUUUUAUGAGGCUUAUGAGUUAUCUAUUACUGUAUGGAAUAAAAAUAUUUAUUUUUGUUGCAAGACAUUUUUCGGAGGCAUUAGGCAUGUAUAAGAGAACUUAGGACUAGAUGAUUUCAUUUUCUUUAUAUGGAGACAACUGUAAUAUAGUUUGUUCGUUUCUGAUACUUAGUGAAAUCAUAGACGUUUCUUUCUAGCUGAA